UCCAUCCUAUCUCUCUCUUGAUCAGAAUUCAGUAAUAAUAAUUUGGUAGUAAGUAAGUAAUGAUUGUGUUUUUGGGUUUCGUAAUCGUGAAACUAGUGCAAAUAUAAGAAAUUCGAAAUUUGGUUGUGCUGCUUUGCUUAUGAAACGUUAUUAUUAUUGCAAGGCUAAGGCUAAGGCUAAUGAAGUCCGCUCAAGAACUCUUGCCACUUUACGGCAGCUCCGACAACCGGCACCGGCGAUAUUUCUCAACACACGCGUUGAUGCUCGCAUCAUCAAAACUGGCUUCGACACAGAUACUUGCCGCUCCAAUUUCAUCGUCGACGACCUUCUCAGGAGAGGUCAAGUCUCUGCCGCACGCAAGGUGUUCGACGAAAUGCCUCACAAAAACACUGUCUCCACCAAUACCAUGAUUGCUGGGUACGUUAAGACCGGCGAUCUUUCCACCGCCCGGGAACUUUUUGACGGGAUGGCCGAUAGAACUGUUGUUACGUGGACCAUCUUGAUUGGGUGCUACUCCCGGAACGACCAGUUUCAUGAAGCUUUCAAGCUCUUCCGUCAGAUGUGCAGGUCCUCCUGUUGUACCCUGCCCGAUCACGUCACCUUUACUACCCUUUUACCUGGCUGCAAUGACCAGAAUGCGGUUGGUCAACUUCAUGCUUUUGCCGUCAAGUUAGGCUUUCAUACGAACCUCUUUCUCACUGUCUCCAAUGUUCUGAUUAAGUCCUACUGUGAGAUAGGCCGACUCGAUUUGGCCUCUUUGCUGUUCCAGGACGUUCGGGGCAAGGACUCUGUCACGUUCAACACCCUUAUCACAGGGUAUGAGAAGGAUGGUUUGUACACGGAGGCCAUCCAUCUCUUUCUUCAAAUGCGGCAGUCUGGUCACAAGCCUUCAGAUUUCACCUUCUCUGGGGUCCUCAAGGCUGUUGUUGGGCUACACGAUUUUCCUCUCGGUCAGCAACUCCACGGUCUCUCAGUUACUACCGGCUUUUCCAGGGAUGCCUCCGUUGGGAAUCAGAUUCUUGAUUUCUACUCAAAACAUGAUCGCGUUUUUGAAACUAGGAAACUCUUUGAUGAAAUGCCUGAGUUGGAUUUCGUUUCUUACAAUGUGGUCAUCUCAAGCUAUUCACAGGCUGAGAGAUACCCCGAAUCCCUCAAGUUGUUCCGAGAAAUGCAGUGCAUGGGGUUCGACCGCAGAAACUUCCCUUUCGCGACGGUGCUGAGCAUCGCAGCCAACUUGUCAUCCUUGCAGAUGGGCCGACAAGUGCACAGCCAGGCCAUUCUGGCAACGGCUGAUUCAUUCCUUCAUGUUGGCAAUUCUUUAGUGGAUAUGUACGCAAAAUGUGAAAUGUUCGAGGAAGCUGAAUUGAUCUUCAACAGUUUAUCACAACAGACCUCUGUUUCCUGGACUGCCUUGAUCUCAGGUUACGUACAGACAGGGCUUCAUGAAGCUGGGCUUAAGCUGUUCACCAAGAUGCGAGGAGCAAGUUUACGAGCUGACCAAUCAACUUUUGCUACUGUUUUGAAAGCUUGCGCUAGUUUUGCUUCUUUGUUGCUCGGGAAACAACUCCAUGGAUUCAUAAUCAGGUCAGGGAAUUUGGAAAAUGUCUUCUCCGGAAGUGGUUUGGUUGAUAUGUACGCCAAAUGUGGUUCUAUCAAAGAUGCAGUUCAAGUAUUCCAAGAGAUGCCCGAUAGAAAUGCAGUUUCCUGGAAUGCCUUGAUUUCGGCAUACGCUGAUAACGGAGAUGGAGAAGCAGCAAUUAGUGCUUUCACAAAGAUGAUGCAAUCAGGUCUCCAGCCAGAUUCAGUCAGCAUCUUAGGCGUCUUGACUGCAUGUAGUCACUGUGGAUUAGUUGAACAAGGAACAGAGUAUUUCCAGGCAAUGUCUCCGAUCUAUGGGAUAACUCCAAAAAGGAAACAUUAUGCAUGCAUGCUGGAUAUGCUUGGCAGAAAUGGAAGAUUUGCAGAGGCAGAGAAGUUGAUUGACGAAAUGCCCUUUGAGGCAGAUGAAAUCAUGUGGUCGUCAGUGUUGAAUGCAUGUCGGAUCCACAAGAAUCAAAGCCUUGCUGAGAGAGCAGCAGAGCGGCUCUUCAGUAUGGAGAAGCUCAGGGACGCUGCUGCUUAUGUAAGCAUGUCCAACAUCUAUGCAGCAGCUGGGAAAUGGGAAAGCGUUAGGCAUGUGAAGAAAGCAAUGCGUGAACGCGGAAUCAGAAAGGUUCCGGCUUAUAGCUGGGUUGAAGUGAACCACAAGAUUCACGUGUUCUCAUCGAAUGACCAUACACACCCAAAAGGAGAUGAGAUCUUGAGGAAGAUCAAUGAAUUGACAGCUGAAAUUGAGAGAGAAGGGUACAAGCCUGACACAAGUUCGGUUGUACAAGACAUAGAUGCGCAGAUGAAGAUUGAGUCGCUUAAGUACCACAGUGAACGUUUAGCCGUUGCAUUUGCUCUGAUCAGUACACCAGAAGGGUGUCCGAUUGUUGUAAUGAAGAACUUGAGGGCCUGCAGGGAUUGCCAUGCUGCAAUUAAACUUAUAUCGAAGAUUGUAAAGAGGGAGAUAACUGUAAGGGAUUCAAGCAGAUUCCAUCACUUUAGUCAGGGGGUCUGUUCUUGUGGUGAUUACUGGUGACUCGCAUCCCUGUUAUAGAACAAAGAUCUAGAAUACUUUCUGCUUCAUUCCUUCAUUUUUUAAUAUUUUUGUGGGACUUGGGAUUGAGAUUUUGUAACCUUAACUAAUGUUGUAAUAUAUUCAAAUAGGAAAACUUAUUGAUUUUCCAGUACAUCUCCAUCACAUUACAUUAUAUUACAAGGAGAGUGGGAGUUUUGUUUCCUAA